UGACCUCUUAACUUUUUGGGUCUAAACACUUUACACCUCCAAACUCCUAAACUGUGCAACCUAGGCUUUAUAAUUUUGAAGAAAGCAACCUUUGAGCCUCUUAAUAGGUGGGUCUGAAACCUAGAAGGGAGACGCCAAUUGACAGUGUGAGAAGAGUGCAAAAAAUAUGGGUGAAAUGGCAGAGAACGAUGAGUUUUACCUGAGAUAUUACGUUGGCCACAAAGGUAAAUUUGGACACGAGUUUUUAGAGUUCGAGUUUAGGCCAGAUGGAAAGCUCCGUUAUGCUAACAAUUCCAACUACAAAAACGAUACUAUGAUUCGUAAGGAAGUUUUCCUUACCCCUUCUGUUCUCAAAGAAUGUCGCCGCAUUGUUGCUGAAAGCAGGUUUAGCCUUUCCCUUUUUAAUUUUGGGAUCAUGAAGGAAGAUGAUAACAACUGGCCUGAACCAGAUAGAGUGGGGAGGCAGGAGCUUGAGAUUGUGAUGGGAAAUGAACACAUAUCAUUCACUACAUCUAAGAUUGGUUCACUAAUGGAUGUGCAGACCAGUAAAGAUCCCGAGGGACUUCGUAUCUUCUAUUAUCUUGUUCAGGAUCUGAAGUGUUUUGUGUUUUCUCUCAUCUCGCUCCAUUUCAAGAUCAAACCCAUUUAACUCGUGCUUAUGGCGUGUUAAAAGUUAGCAGGAUGUGCUUGGCGUCAUGUUCUGAAUCGUGUAUCCCCUAAGAGAUAAUGCCGUUUGGUGGUGUUCUGUUCUGUUUUUUUAUUUUUAUUUUUAUUUUUAAAUGAUGGACAAGUCUUAGACAUUAUUUGCGUAUCUUUCCUUUUUUAUUCAUCGUUUCUGUUUCUGUAUAUUUGGUCAGUUGUUCUGUAGCAACAUGGGAAGCACGAGGUUUUUCGUCAUGUAAUGUCUUGUGAGAUUUGUUUCCGGUA